GAGCGUCGCUUCGUUGCGUCAGUUUACGUGCAUCCGUCAUAUCGCGAGGUCGUUUCGUUGGUGCGUUUCGCUCGAGCUGAUUAUCGCCAUUCGAGCGCGACUGGUCGGAGGAACAACAACGCAGCCGAGGAUCGUCGGCGGGAUCGUCGUGGUAGAACGCUAGAAGCCAGAAAGAGGAGAGACUCGUAGGCUAUCAAGAAAGUAGGACGCCUUACGCGUCGUAUGGCGGAUUAUGAGCUCCGUGAAGAGCGUCAUCAUCACCCUGCCUAAGGGAGUGCCCAAGGCGAUCCCGCGGAACGAGCCGUCGCGCAGCGCACUGUCCAAGUUCAACUUCACAACGUCAAUCCUGGUGGACAAGGCGAGGAUGGAGAGCAGGAAGGUCGUCCCCGGUCAGCAGGAGGAGACGCGCGGCGACGACGACGUUGACGUCGACGUCGCGACGCUCCUCGAGCCCGUGGACACUCGCGUGCGUGGGAAGAAACGCCGACUGGAUCACUUGUCGUGGGAGGAGAAGCUUCAGCGAAAAAAACUGAAGAAUCGAGUGGCCGCGCAAACAUCGCGAGACCGCAAGAAGGCCAGAUUGGACGAGCUCGAGGAGACGGUGAGGACACAGAAGGAGAGGAAUGAGUUGCUUACGCAGGAGAGCUCGAUGCUGAGGUCGCAGAACGAGCUGCUGACGUCGCAAAACGAAUGGCUGCUGAACGAGAACAAGAGGCUCAGGAACGAGAGAGACGCAGUGAGGAACACGCUCACGGAUCAGCAACAGCCAAUCUGCUCCGCCUGUCGGACCCGUGUCGACGGUGCUGUACCUUCGCUGGGAUCUGCAGUAUCCCCCAAUCCCUCUGCCGCAGGGUGGGACAGCACAGUCGGCAUCGCGACCGACGCGGACGUCAGAGGCAACCGUGCUGCUGAACUUUCUGAUCUACUUCCUCUUGAUGAACUCUUCAGCGCUUUCCAAAGUGACGACGUCGAGCGAAUCGAAGAGCUGGCGGAGAGCCUCCUACGAGAAGUUGGCUCAGAAGUUGACACAAAUUCUCAAAGAUCGCAUGAUCAAGUGUCCGUCAACGAAGCUCCCGUUAAAAAAUCUGACCAUCCAGAAACACUGGUGGGGCAGACAUCAGAAAAUGUGGAAACCAAUAGAACCGGUGGAAGCAUAGACGACAGCGCGUCCACCUGUAUACGAAGUACGUCCAAUUGGAUGCUCGCGGACUGCGAUACAAGAAGCCUGCCGAAGAUCAAGACCGAGACCGAAAUUAAGGAGGAGUCUGAGACUGCGUCGGAUCUUGAUACUCUUUACGGUACAUACGAUGCAUCCACCAAUUCCAUCACAAUUGUGUAUCCGGGCGAGGAGAGCGACGGCUCCGUCGGUAUCCAGGAGUGCGUGCAGGAGGUAGUCAGUACCGAUAACAGCGUUGUCAGCCAGGUUGCGAACGACGCUACACAUCUCACCGUUCCGUCCGCGGGCAUUCAUUUGUGCUACCCGAUGCAUUUUUCACCGGCGUACACCAAUUCCAUGUCACCCACUAUGAGCGACGUAGACAGCUGCAGCGUCCCUUCGACGAAGCAGCUGGAUUGUAUCAGCUCGUCUGACGGUGGGUACGAGUCUCACGAUUCCCCGCAAUCACACAUGUCGGACGCCUUGUUCGAUGUCUGGUCCGAGAGUUUCACCGAGCUGUUUCCCACGUUGGGCUGACAAUUUCAGAUAAGGCGCAUCGCCGAAGCGAGCGCCAGAUCGAUGAUGAAUCGUUAUAUCUGUGAUACGGGGAAUUUUAGUAGGAUACAGAAGAGAAAGGAAAGGGAGAUUCGCUUUCAAAAGAUAUCGCUGCAGUAAUCUAUCAUUCGACAUUUCAAUAAAAACUUGUAAACUUCGGCUAGACUCUCGCAUAUUUUUUUUUUAUAAAAUCGAGCAGUUUAGCUUUGUAAUGAACAUCUUAAACGAAAUAAAUAAUUCUUGAAAGAAUAA